UUUUAUAUUUUAUAACUUUUUAUAUAUCGUUAUACAGAUUGUUUAAAAGAUAAUUAUUUCUAAUAUGGAUGAGAAUCAAGAAAGACAGUGUGACGAAUUAUCUACUUUAGAAAGCAUAUGUGGGGAGAAUGAGUUUUCUUAUUCUAUUCCUGACAAAAUUCCUGUCGGAUAUGCCGAUAUAUGCGUGGAUUCAUCGCCAAUUGAAGUCUUUUUUGUUGAUCCCAAAUCACAUAAAACAUCUUCAAUAACGGUUUCCUAUUUACCACCAAUAAGGCUGAAUUUUCAAUUGCCUAAAGAUUAUCCAAAAUCUGUGUCUCCGAAAUUUGUUAUUAGUUGUAACUGGCUUACACAUGAACAGUUGAUAAAGCUUUGUGAUUAUUUAGAUGAAAUUUGGAAUACGGAUCCAGGUGAAGAAGUUUUGUAUAAAUGGAUGCAGUUUUUGAAACAUGAAACCAUGACAUUUUUACAAAUUAAGGAAAUUAAUAUAACUCAAAGGAAAAAAACAAAUUCUGAAAAAUCUCCGAUCACCACAAAUGACUCAGAUGUUGAUAAUGAAAAAGAGAAUAAAAUAAACAAUACCGAGAAAAUAGAUAUAUCAUUUUCUUCUCAAAAAACUUCAAAAGAUUCAAGAGUUUUAAUCGAUAGAAGUAUAGACAUGCUCAUCACUAAUUUGAAAGAAUAUAAUGAAAAAUGUCUUUUAGAAGAAUUUAAUUUAACAUAUGUAUUUUGUGAAAUAUGUUUUGUAUCCAAUUCAGGAGCACAUUGCAUCAAAUUCAGCUGUGACCAUGCUUUUUGUAAAUUAUGUGUGUCAGAAUAUUUAUUAACAAAAAUUAAAGAUGGUAAUGUCAUUGGCAUUACUUGUCCAGCAAUAAAUUGCAAGCAAGAAAUCAGCAUAGCUCAAAUCAAGAAUUUAAUUUCGCAAGAAAACUUUCUCAAAUUUGAAAAGCUUAUGCUUAGUCAAACAUUAGAUACGAUGAUGGAUAUUAUAUAUUGCCCAAGAGUAGUUUGCCAAUAUCCUGUUACUUACGACCCAUCUGAAGCCGUUGCCUCAUGUCCAAAUUGCUUAUAUUCUUUUUGUGUACUUUGCAAAAGGGUAUAUCACGGUGUGGAACCUUGCAAAUUAAAACAAGAGGAUAGAUUAGCUGUCAUUGAAAAAUAUCAAAACGGAACCGAUGAAUAUAGACAAGAAAUAAAUAAAAGGUAUGGUGAAAAGUAUAUUAAAAGGUUAUUAGAAGAUCAUGCUUCUGAAGAAACUAUAAACAAUAGCACGAAACCAUGUCCAAAAUGUGGAGUUCAAAUAGAGAAAUCGGAGGGAUGCAAUAAGAUGACAUGUAACAGAUGCCAGACAUUUUUUUGCUAUUUAUGUUCUUCAGUUUUAGACAGAGGUGAUCCAUAUGAUCAUUUUGCAAAUCCUGCUUCAAGAUGUUAUAAUAAAUUAUUUCCGCAUGAAAGAACUGAAGAUGAUUAAGUAGAUGAAAUGUUUAACAAUAUUUUAUUUUUUUGAUACUAUAUUUUUAACAAUUUUAUUUAAUUUAUUUGUAUAAAUAGAUAAUUCCUAUAUUUAUAUUAAAUUGUAUA